AUGCACGAGGUUGAGGUGAAGGAUUGCGGUGCUCCCAAGGAAAUGAAUAAACAACCAGCCAACAGCCUGGGGGCGGCGAUGGCGCUGGGCCACCAUGCUGGCCCGUGCGCGCCCAGGACGAGCCCGGAGCAGGAGCUUCCCGCCGCCGCCGCCGCCGUGGCGCCGACGCCGCGUGUGCCCAGGUCCGCUUCCACCGGCGCCCAAACUUUCCAGUCCCCUGACGCGCGAGCCUGUGAGGCGGAGCGGCAGGGAGUGGGGGCUUACAAACUCAGUAGCCCGCGGGCGCCUGCGGCCUCGGCAGCUCCGAGGGACUUGAGCGAGGCGCGCGGCGCGCAGGCCGCAGCUCCUUCUGGGGCCGCCGGGCCCGGCAACGCUCUGCAUUGUAAGAUUCCGGCCCUGCGCGGCCCCGAGGGGGAUGCUAACGUGAGUGUGGGCAAGGGCACCCUGGAGCGGAACAAUACCCCGGCCGUGGGCUGGGUGAAUAUGAGCCAGAGCACCGUGGUGCUGGGCACGGAUGGAAUCACGUCCGUGCUCCCGGGCAGCGUGGCCACCGCUGCAGCCCAGGAGGACGAGCAAGGGGAUGAGAAUAAGGCCCGAGGGAACUGGUCCAGCAAACUGGACUUCAUCCUGUCCAUGGUGGGGUACGCAGUGGGGCUGGGCAAUGUCUGGAGGUUUCCCUACCUGGCCUUCCAGAACGGGGGAGGUGCUUUCCUCAUCCCCUACCUGAUGAUGCUGGCUCUGGCUGGGUUACCCAUCUUCUUCCUAGAAGUGUCACUGGGCCAGUUUGCCAGCCAGGGGCCAGUGUCUGUGUGGAAGGCCAUCCCGGCCCUACAAGGCUGUGGCAUCGCAAUGCUGAUCAUCUCCGUCUUAAUAGCCAUAUACUACAAUGUGAUUAUUUGCUACACACUUUUCUACCUGUUUGCCUCCUUUGUGUCUGUGCUGCCCUGGGGCUCCUGCAACAACCCUUGGAACACACCAGAAUGCAAAGAUAAAACCAAACUUUUAUUAGAUUCCUGUGUCAUCAGCGACCAUCCCAAAAUACAGAUCAAGAACUCCACUUUCUGCAUGACUGCCUAUCCCAACUUGACAAUGGUUAACUUCACCAGCCAGGCCAAUAAGACGUUUGUCAGUGGAAGUGAAGAAUACUUCAAGUACUUUGUGUUGAAGAUUUCUGCUGGAAUUGAAUAUCCUGGGGAGAUCAGGUGGCCACUAGCCUUCUGCCUCUUCCUGGCUUGGGUGAUUGUGUAUGCAUCCCUGGCAAAAGGAAUCAAGACUUCAGGAAAAGUGGUGUACUUCACGGCCACGUUCCCGUACGUCGUGCUUGUGAUCCUCCUCAUCCGAGGAGUCACCCUGCCCGGAGCUGGUGCUGGGAUUUGGUACUUCAUCACACCUAAAUGGGAGAAACUCACGGAUGCCACGGUAUGGAAGGAUGCUGCCACUCAGAUUUUCUUCUCUUUGUCUGCUGCUUGGGGAGGCCUGAUCACUCUCUCUUCUUACAACAAAUUCCACAACAACUGCUACAGGGACACUCUCAUUGUAACCUGCACCAACAGUGCCACGAGCAUCUUUGCCGGGUUUGUCAUCUUCUCGGUUAUUGGCUUCAUGGCCAACGAACGCAAGGUCAACAUUGAGAACGUGGCGGACCAAGGACCAGGCAUCGCAUUUGUGGUUUACCCAGAAGCCUUAACCAGGCUGCCCCUCUCUCCGUUCUGGGCCAUCAUCUUUUUCCUGAUGCUCCUCACUCUUGGACUUGACACUAUGUUUGCCACCAUCGAGACGAUCGUGACCUCCAUCUCAGAUGAGUUCCCCAAGUACCUGCGCACACACAAGCCGGUCUUCACUCUGGGCUGCUGCAUUUGUUUCUUCAUCAUGGGCUUCCCGAUGAUCACUCAGGGUGGAAUUUACAUGUUUCAGCUUGUGGACACGUAUGCCGCGUCCUACGCCCUCGUCAUCAUUGCCAUUUUUGAGCUUGUGGGGAUCUCCUACGUGUACGGCUUGCAAAGAUUCUGUGAAGAUAUAGAAAUGAUGAUUGGAUUCCAGCCAAACAUUUUCUGGAAAGUCUGCUGGGCGUUUGUAACUCCAACCAUUUUAACGUUUAUCCUUUGCUUCAGCUUUUACCAGUGGGAGCCCAUGACCUAUGGCUCUUAUCGCUACCCUAACUGGUCCAUGGUGCUCGGAUGGCUGAUGCUCGCCUGUUCGGUUAUCUGGAUUCCAAUUAUGUUUGUGAUAAAAAUGCAUCUGGCCCCUGGCAGAUUUAUUGAGAGGCUGAAGUUGGUGUGCUCGCCACAGCCGGACUGGGGCCCGUUCUUAGCUCAGCACCGUGGGGAGCGUUACAAGAACAUGAUCGACCCUUUGGGAACCUCUUCCCUGGGACUCAAACUGCCAGUGAAGGAUUUGGAACUGGGUACCCAGUGCUAG